AUGACGGCUGUGCUGGCCCGCGUUGGGCUCGAGCCCCGCGACCUGCUCACCCUCGACGACCUGCCGGGCGCUCCCUCCGCCCCGGCCGCCGAAGACACGAGGUGGUACCUCGUCGACCACAACAACCCCACCGGCGUGAUUAGGGAGCGCUACGGUGCCCGCGUGGUCGGGUGUCUCGACCACCACGUCGACGAGCAGUACGUUCCCCGCGACAGCCAGCCCCGCGUCAUCGAGACGUGCGGGAGCUGCGUCAGCCUCGUCGUCGAGCACUGCCGCGACGCCUGGGACGCCCUGGCCCGCGAGGCCGACGGGUCCAGGGAUGCCGCCGACGCCGACAAAGCCAUGGCCCUCAUGGCCCUCGGCGUCAUCUUCUCCGACACCGUCAACCUGCGGGCCAAGGACAAGGUCACCCCGCGCGACGUCAGCGCCGUCGAGUACCUCGAGGCGAAGCUGGACGGCACCGGCUACGACAGGGACGAGUACUGCACCGAGAUCGACAGGGUCAAGCGGGACCUCGACGGCCUCUCGCUGCGCGACAUCCUCCGCAAGGACUACAAGGAGUGGGUCGAGAACGGCCUGCGCCUGGGCACCUGCAGCGUCGUGCAAAACAUCGACUAUCUCGUGUCCAGGGCCGGCUCCCGCGACGCUCUCCUCCAGGCCCUGCGCGCGUGGGCCGAUGAGAAGCAUCUCGACCUCGUGUCCGUCAUGACCCUCGUCAUCCACGACGGCGACGGCGGCUACGAGAGGCAGGUCGGCCUCUGGGCCCUGAAUCAAAGGGGUGCCGAGGCGGCGCGGCGGUUCGAGGAGGCGUCUGCCGCGGACCUCAAGCUCGGUCCCUUUCAGGAUGGCCUGCUGGACGUCGACUCUGAAGAUCACUGGGGUAGGGCCUGGGAGCAGGGGAACCUGAAGAACACCCGAAAGCAGAUUGCGCCUAUGAUUCGCGAAGCUAUGAAGGCUACAGGAUCUUCGUAG